AUGGAUUCAAUAUUAGUAUCAAAUAUAAAUUUAAAUCGUCAUCAUUUGGGUGAUAAUUUUGAUGAACGUAUUCAACAACGACAUCAAAGUUUUGUUGUUACUGCUGAUAAUCGUUAUAUAAUAUCAACUGGUUAUUGGGAUAAAAGUUUUCCUGUACAAAAUACUGAUGUAGCUAAAAUUACACAAGUACUCUAUGGUCAUUUUGAUAUUGUUACAUGUGUAUGUCGUUCAGAAGUAACUAUUGCUGGAAAUUGUUUUCUUGCAACUGGUUCACGUGAUUGUACAGUUUGUAUUUGUAUUUGGAAUGGUACAAAAGGUGCAAUAGUUGAUCGUGAAUAUUCAAAUCAAGGUUAUAAUUAA